AUGUAUAGAAGAACACCAGGAAAUGAAAUUAAAAAACCCCACCGUUCAGAUUUCCAAGUUUUGGAAGAGAUAGGUAGAGGAUCAUUUGGAUCAGUACGUAAAGUCAUUUAUAAUCCUACAAAGACUGUCAUGGUACGUAAGGAGAUUAAAUAUGGACAUAUGAACUCUAAAGAACGUCAACAGUUGAUUGCUGAAUGUUCUAUUGUAUCACAAUUAAAACAAAGUAAUAUAGUUGAAUUUUUCAGUUGGGAUUUUGAUGAACAAAAAGAAGUGUUAUAUUUAUAUAUGGAAUAUUGUAAUAAGGGAGAUUUAAGUCAAAUGAUCAAGCGUUAUAAACAAGAAAGAAGAUAUGUACCUGAAAAAAUAGUUUGGAGUAUAUUUGCACAGGUAUUAACAGCAUUAUAUAAAUGUCAUUAUGGGGAAGAUUUAUCACCUUUGACAACGAUUUAUGAUCGAAUGAAACAACCUGCCAAGGGGAAAAAUAUAGUUAUUCAUCGAGAUUUGAAACCUGGAAAUAUAUUUUUAAGUUAUGAUGAUCCAAAUAAGAUAAAUAUAGAGAAUUCGGCCAUACAAUAUAAUAAUGGAUUAUUAACAAAUUUUAAAGGAUAUACUAAGAAUGAAAAAAUUGAGAAUAAUAAAAAUGAAAAUAUAGAUUAUAAUCUUGUGAAUGUGAAAUUAGGAGAUUUUGGAUUAGCUAAAUCAUUAGAGACAAGUAUUCAAUUUGCCACUACAUAUGUGGGGACACCUUAUUAUAUGUCACCUGAAGUAUUAAAUGAUCAACCAUAUUCACCUUUAAGUGAUAUUUGGUCACUUGGAUGUGUUAUAUUUGAGAUGUGUUCAUUACAUCCACCAUUUCAAGCCAAGACUUAUAGUGAAUUAACUAAUAAGAUCAAGAGUGGGAAGUUCGAACGAAUUCCCGAAUAUUAUUCUAAUGGGUUGAAUUCCAUUAUUCAUUCCAUGAUUGAUGUUAAUUUAAGAACUAGACCGUCUACAUAUGAAUUAUUACAAGAUAUUCAAAUUCGUACCGCUAGAAAAUCUUUACAAUUGGAGAAAUUUGAAAGAAAUUUAUUGGAUUAUGAAAAAGAAUUAAUUAAUAUUGAAAAAUUAUUAGAGAAACAAUCUUUAGAAUAUGAAAGAGGAUUGAAUCAACUAAAAGAACAAUUUGAUACGGCGGUUGAAGAACGAGCCAGAGAGAUUUUAAGCGGGCAAAAGAAGAAGGGGAGUGAUAAUCCAAGGUUUUACGAUAAAAGAUUAGCGGAGUAUUAUAGAAGGUAG